UCAAAUGACCUUUUCAACAUCCUUCAAAGCUCCAGUAUACUUCCUAAUUCUUUCAAUGAUCUAGGGUUGUCAUCCGCUGAAUUAAGAAAUGUUCGUGUACAAUACGCUGCCAAUCUGGAUACUAUAGAGAAAAAGUACAAUUAUUGGAGUAAGAAAAACGUAUCAACAAAGUCAAGCUCUGAAGCUAAUCACAUCAACAGAAAUAGAAUGAGAAAUAUUCUUCGACAGGAACACUACAAGUCUGAAAAGAUUUAUAAAAAAUGUGCUUCUAGUCAUGAACCAUACAACAUACUGAAGAUUUAA